AUCCAUUAAACAGUUGUUGUUCUAAUUCAAUGUUACUUCAGGUUGUGGUAAUAAAGUUAUAUUGCCCCUUAUCGAUUCUUAAAUUUAAUCGAUGCAAAGAAUGUCAUCGGAAACGCAAACGUACGUCUGGUUGGCGUUGACGUUUGAAUGUGGCCUUUGAAGGUAGUCGAGUUGGUUGUGUGAGCACACAUAACCGAAGCCAACAAAGCAAAAGCCCAGCAGAACGAAAAGAAAGAAGAACUGCAAGCUAGUGAAGAUACAAAGGCGAACGUACUAAUAAUACACACAAUGGCCUAAACUAAUAACAGCAAACUGGAAUUUCAACUAGGGAGAGAUGACUGGGAAACGUAUACGGAAAGGUUAGAGCUAUAUUUUAUCGCGAAUGAUGUAAAAGUGGAAAAGCAAGCGGCAGUGUUGUUGACAAAGGUAAGCCCAGAUACGUACAAACUAAUACGCGAUUUAUGCGCACCCGUGGCACCGGGUACAAAAACAUUUUCAGAAAUUGUAAAAAAAGUAAAGGACCACUUAAACCCGAAACCAUCGGAAAUAAUGGAGAGAUAUAAGUUCUACCAAGCACACCAGGCACAGACAGAAAGCAUAGCCGACUUUACGGCAAGACUGAAGAGGCUUUCCACAAACUGUAAUUUUGCCGAUAUCGAAACAGCGUUAAGGGAUCAAUUAGUUUGCGGAUUGAAAGACCACGCGACAAGAGCCACAUUAUUUCGGGAAGAAAAAUUAACUUACGACCGAGAGUACAAAAUUUCUACUACAUUAGAAAUAGCAGAAGAGAAUGCCCUAUCAAUAGAUAGAUGGAGAGAAGAAGAUUUAAAAUCAGAUGUAAAUUGGGUACAGUCUAAGCAAAGAAUGCCUAGUAACCAGAGCUACAGGGGGACAUCAAGAGGGGGAAGCGUGACGCAGCGCGGAUAUAAGGCAGGACAAGGACCAAGCAACAGAGUUGCAGCACAAAGCACGUGGAAACUAAGUGUAAACACGGAUACACGAGGGACGGACAAUAGGACGUGUUAUUGUUGUGGUAAGCCUAACCACUGGGCUCGGGAUUGCUACCAUCGUUUCAACACGUGUAGCGUAUGUAAGAAGAGGGGUCACUUUUCAACAGUGUGUAGAGGACAAAAAACUGUAAAUCGCAUCGACGAAGGAGAACUCGAAACCGAGAGUCAGCAGAGGGAAGACUCAACGGACGAUUUUUUCAUGGUGCGAGAAAGCGAGAACACACAAGGAGCGGAAACAACGUUGGGCGCUGUUCAAACAAUAAGCAGCGGCGUGCGGGCAGACCCGAUGUAUUUAAAUGUAGUAAUUGAAGGCAUUAGCGUGAAAAUGGAAAUAGAUACAGGAUCGUGUACAAUGUGUAACGAUUUAUCGGCCCGCGGUCCUUAUGCGAAAACUGCCAAGGGCCGAUGCGUUGUGGCGGACCGACCGCCCAGCGCGCUUACAUGCUGAGGGACUUUUUCUGUGCCUCGUUU